AUGUCUGCAGCGAGCCAGACCCAAGGCGGCGACACAAGCAUCAAUGACAUGUCGACGUCAGGCGUAUCCGUCUUGAGCCCGUCCCAGGUGAUUGAUUCACUGGAAAAGGCGGUGGAAAAUGCAAAGAUCCGUGGAGAUCUCAAGUCGUAUGAGAGUUUUGUUGAAGACGUCGUCGAUGCGGGUAUAAAAUACCAAAUCCGCCUAUGCCCUGCGCUCGCCCAAAAGCACAAAGAACGCGCACCGACCCCCAAUAUCGCGCCAGAUGCGUCAAAUAUUACAGCUGUCGUUCAAACGAUCACGCAGACUGACCCGUUCUUGCCGCCCUUUAACUCGUUGCACAUUGGUGAAAUGCGAGAUGUACUCGAAGAGGAUAGCGUCGAGGGAUACAAUGUUCUUCUGAACAAGUUUGCGCUCGUUAAAGGUCACUUUUUGCUCGUCACCAAAGAAUACGAAUCGCAGGCGCAUCCACUCACACCGUCUCAACUCGUACAAACGUACUUGCUCCUCCUGGCUGCACAUACUCGCAACCGACCCUUUUUCGCGUUUUUCAAUUGUGGGAUCCUGAGCGGUGCGAGUCAGCCGCAUAAGCAUAUCCAGUUCUUCCCUGGACAAGCACCAAUCGAGCGGCUUGCCAAAGCGGCCAAAGUGGAGAAUGAGGGUAUGUCCCUCGCCCAUUUGCUCUUCCUCAACUCCCAUUCGCGGCGCAUAUCAAGCGACUGGACAAGAAUGUCCUUUCUGCUGCUGAAGCCCUUUGUUGAUGGAUCGAGUACUGCGGAGAGUAGUGACGAGGCACGGGAAGCGGUGGACAGGUUGAGUGCGGAGCUCGCCAUGUCGUUUAUGGCCAUCCUCGACGAAAUGUAUCAGACGAUACGCGUGCAUGCGCAUCAUUCGACCACCGAUACGAACAGUUCCGCAGGAAAUGGCGCAAACCUUGAAGUCGCGUCGGCGUUUGAGGGUGGCGGACCGUCGACGCCGAGCUACAAUGUCGUGAUGACGCUCGAGCACAUAUACCUCUUCCCACGUACAGCCGAAAAAUAUACGCCUACAUCAUCCUCUUCGAAUCUUACCCUCUCAAUAAACUCGCUUGGCUUUGCGGGCAUGCUACUCGUCAAGAGCGAAGAAGAAAGGGCCCUAGUAAAGGAGAUUGGGAUCACGAGCAUCCUUCGUAGAGUCGGUAUGGAGCCUCUCAAGGAAGAAGAUAAUAAGGGAUGCGACGACGUGUUUGCGGACCUUGCGUAG